AUGACAAGAGGAAUUGAGUCGCAGUUAAAUCUCCUUUUCUCAAUAUCACACGCCAGUAAUAGUAUCUGGACAGACGCUACUCGACUUUCCAUAGGCCUUUUUCUAGCCGCCAUGACACGUUGUCGCGUCGCUAUCCAUCAAGCAGUCAACCUUCCACGAGCCUCAACGAUAAAAACAGUUUACAAACUUCAAAAGGAGAACGCUGCCUUUGAAGCUAGUGCGUCAAGAAAACAAGACCUCACGAUUGUGGCCUCUUGUAUCUCUCCAAAAUUGUAA